AUGCAGUCUGCGGUGGGUGCGUGUCCGCGCAGCCGGCACCGUGUGCGGCGCAGGGCCAUUGCGGCUGUGCGUGUGGCGCUGCUUGUGGUGUUGGUGCUGGUUGCGGCGGCAUGGAUGCCCGCGGUGCAUGCGGUGGUGUUGCGACUGCGGGGCGGCACGGUGGACAGAGCCAUCACGGUUGGCCGCGCCGUGGACACGCUGCUGAUGGACGGCGUGUACAUCACGAACGGCGUGGCUGUGGUGUUCGACGUUGCGGCGAUGCUUCCCGGUGCGCUGCGCAUCGAAUUGAGGAACUGCGUGUGCGACGGCGGCGCGCAGCUCUACGUGCGGGGCUACAGCGGCGAGCCGGCGACUGACCGGAGCCUGGAGGUGAGCGUGAGCGGGCUGUCUGGGAGCUACUGCUCGCUUGUGUUUGUGGACAACCUGCCGGCACACACGAACGUGACGGUCCGUGACUCGACGAUUGUGACGCCGGGGCCGAUGCGCUACUCGCAGCUGAGCGGGCUGACGGACGCGGUAGCGUCGCCGCUUGUGCUGCACGCGACGUCGCUGUUGCAGACGCAGCUGCGUGUGAGCAACACUGUGCUGAGGUCGUCGCAGGCGGGCGGGUCGGCGCUGUACGUUGGCGGCGGUGUGGACCUGCUGUCGAGCGCGGUGGUGCUUGACGGCGUGUCGCUGGAGGCGUCGGGCGGUCCGACCGCUUCCGCGAUGCAUGUGGCGUCCUCGUCGCGUGUUAGUUUGCGGAGCCACUCGGUGUUCUCCGUGACGAACGUGUCGGUUGUGAGCAGCGGCGGCGGCAUUGUGCUUGGAGAGCGCCUUGCGGUGCUUGAUUCGGUGCUGCGCUUCGUGCGCGUCGAGGGGUCUGUUGCGUCGUCGCUGGUGCGCUGCGACGGUGGGACGAUCGGUGUCGGCGGGUGGCUGGACCUGCGCGACGUGUGGGCGGUGGACGAGGCGUCGUCGGUGGCGUCGCUGUCGGGGGUGACGCUGAGCGGCGGCACCGUGUCGAUUGCGCGCUGCGCUGCCACCGGCGCGACGCUUGUCUCCGGGCUGACGAUCACGAGCGGCGUCGUGUCGGUGCAGUGCAACCGUGCUGGCGGCCGGGUGCUGCAGAGCAGCGGCGACUACCGCAUGGCCGGCCUGCCCUCCGUGAGCGUGGUGCCGUGCGACGGCUGUGCGGCUGCGCUGGCGUGCUUCGAUGCGCUGACUGCUUCGUUCUCCGACUGCGUGUGCGGCUGCCGUGCCGGCGGCGUGGGCGAGGCGUGCCUGCCGUUCGACGUGCCGCCUGCGAGGGCCAGUGGCGGUGCGGGAGACUGCGUGAGUGGCGUGACGCUGACGGAGUCCGUGACGGUUGACGGCGGGCGGGCGACGGCGUGCUUCGACUCGGUGGUUUUCAGCGGACCGAUCACUGUGACGGUGGACCUGCGCUUGAUGGAUACGUUUGCUGACGCGCUGAACGUGACGCUGUGCGACUGCGUGCUUGCGGGCGGUGCGCAGCUGCGGAUUGGCGGCCUCAGCGAGAGCACGGCGCGCCUGAUGCCGCACGCUUUCGUCAACAUGACGAACGUGACUUCACUGGAGGGCACGAUUGUGCUGCAUGGCGCGAUGCCGCUGCACUCGAGUGUGCUGCUGGCGAACUCAACGCUGCGCGCGACGGUUGGCGGGUCGCAGUACGUGCCGACGACCCGUGGCCAUGCGGGAUCCCGGCACGGCCCCGCGCUUGUCCUGGACGGUGUCCGGCUUCUGUCGACGUGUUUUGUCAUGACGCGGUCGACGCUGGUAUGUGGCGGGGGUUCGUGCGCUGCGAUCCUCGUGGAGCGCGGCCUUGGCGUGAACCUGUCCAGCGUCUUCUACAUGGACAACUGCGUUAUUAGGUCGCGGACGCACGUGAUGUACGCUCUUGCGUCGUACCUGCGUGUUGGUAGCGGCUCCGUGUUCUCCAUACAGAACAGCUCGUGGAUUGCGCCGAGCACCGAAUACGACAAAGGCGCGUGUGUGUUCAAGGAUGUUGUUGUGGAUGGCGGCAGCGUGAUGCAGAUUGUGUCCAGCACUUUCCUUCUCGGCUUCGCCAUGCUGAUGGCAGCCGCGUUGACCGUGACUGACGGCAGCUGGCUGGUGCACCGCAACAACGAGUUCCGCACCGCCUACGUUGUGUACGUGGCUGCCCACUACAGCGUGGCGUUCCGCGAUCAGAGUGUGUGGUCGAUACUUGACAACAACUUCACCUAUGGCUCGUACUCGACCUUUACCUGUAUGACAACCAAGUGGUCACCACCAUCCGACACGCGCCCGACCAUCUACGGUGUGUGCAACGAGGCAAUGGGCUCUCCUGUGACGGAUUACCAAGACGACCUCAAUAUUUGGACGCCCGUGACGGUGUUGGACUGUGGGGUGUGCACCGUGGACGCCGUGUGCUUUGCAGCGAGGACGAGCAGCAUCAGCGGCUGUGAGUGUGUGUGCGCUGCUGGCGGCUACGGUGACACGUGUCUGCCGGCUGCGGUUCCGGACGGUCUUGGGCCGCUUCCGCUCCCCAAUGCGAAGGACACGGAGGUCCGCUGCGUGCACGGUGGCAGCAUCAGCUCCGUGUACGUUCCUGAUCCCGGUGUGCGUGGUCUGUGCUUCGUCAACGUGACCUUUACCGCCGCGAUUGUGCUGGACCUGUCGUAUUUUGACGCGCCACAGCAUACACUGAACAUCACGCUGCUGCAGUGCGUCCUCGUGGGCCUGUUGAUCAGGGGGAGUGGUGCGCGUGUGCACGUGGACGUGACUUCUUCGAUGCUGGAUUCUGGUGAGUUGGUGUUUCAGGGUGAUUUUGGCGCGAGCUCCCAGAUACUGGUGGUGGGCUGUACGCUUGUGACGACGUCGAGCCACGCCAUUUCCUUUGUGAAGUUUACUCUCAGUGCGAAUAUGACGCUGCUGCUACUUGACAACUACAUUGAGGCGGAUAGGUACGCAGUCUAUUUUUUCAAUGGUGUUGUUGAUGGUGGCGGGAUCAUUGUGAAGGGAAAUACGCUGAGGACAACGGAGGACGAUGACAGUGUGGAAUCAUCUGUUUGCGUUAAUGCCGUUGGAGUGAAGAACGGCGGCUACUUUGACGUGGAGAACAACACGAUGAGCUCGGUCAAUGGCGUUAUUCUUUUUGGGGAUACUACUGUGAGCUCCGCGGGGCUGCUGCGAGUGGCGGACUGCACCUUCGCUGGCGGGACUGAAUUUUUUGAUCCCGCGCUGGUGUAUUUGUCUGGCUCGGUGACCCUCGAGGGAGGUGCGCAGUGGCGUGUGGAGGGCAACAGCGUAGGUGCAGCCUCAGUAUUAAUUAUUCCGCAUUCCUUGCAAAAAAUUAGGUUAUCGGGCAGCGGCACCACCGUGGCGCUUGCAUAUAACCGUCAGGUGGACAAUAGUUAUCCCUUCGCUGAUUUUUCUCCGCCAGACACGAUUGUUGAGUUACCCGCGCGGUUUGUCGUUGGGUGCAACCUGCAGGGCGAUGAGGAGGUGUUGUACGACGAUGUGUUUCCGGAGAAGGUGGAAGUCUUCAGGUGUGGCACAUGCAACGAAGAUGCGGCGUGCUACAUGCCUGGGACGGAGUUGGUGGACCGCAGCUUGUGCUCGUGCAGCUGCAAGGACGGAUGGCAUGGCGCGUCGUGUCUUCCCUUCGAGGUGCCCGACGCGGUUGUGCCGCCCGUGGCGGAGAGAGCCGUCGACGGCGACACGAGCUGCAUGGUGAACCAGACGCUGACGAACGUUACGCUGAACAUGUGGAAGACGCACCACUGCUACGUGUGCGUGACAUUCAGCGGCGUGGGUGCUGUACCGAAGUUUUUCCUCAACAGUAUGCCGCUGCACCUCCCCAUCAACAUUACGCUCACUGGGUGCACAUUUCGUGAGGGUGCCGCGCUGCAGUUUUUUGGGGGUGCUGAGGCGACCGAGUCAUCUGGCGUCCUGAUCCGCGUGAGCCAGACGGUGAUGCGUUCCUCCACCGUUGCUUUUGUACGUGCCCUCCCGCAGCACUGCGACAUCGCCGUCACGGAGGUUGACGCGGUGCAGACCUUCGCGGUUGAACUGCCGGACACUAGGAUGAACACGUUGAGCGUCGUGAUGCUGAAGGACGUCGUGUUGAGUGCGUCGACACUGUUGAUCAGCAACAUCAAGGCGCAUGCGACGAGGCGUGAUGCGUUCGUUGUGUACUCGACAGGGACGCUGACGCUGGUGGGUGGCAGCUCGCUGUUCGCGCGUUACUGCAGCUUUGAUGGAUACAAAUACCUGUUCUACGUGUACAGUCUCAGUGUCCGCAAUCACUCUGUUUUUGCGCUUCUCAACAAUACGAUGUUCUCCGGGGUAAGCCUGCUUUAUCAGCGACAAGUAUUCAACGUGUCGGAUCACAGCGUGUUGCGCGUGGUGGGGAACAGCGGCUCAGCUCGCUACGCCAUCUAUAACAAUGACAUGUGGACUGUUCAGCGGUCAAGCUGGCUGGAUUGGCGCGACAACGAAGUGGAGGUGGGUGCGAUGUUCUACGACACUGUGUCCGCUUUUGGGAGCAUUGACGGCAGCAGUGUGGUGACGCUGACGGGCUGCAAGAUGGGCUCGACGGGGUUGUCGGUGUCCCUGUUAUCUCGGGCUGACGCCGGCUACCGGUUUGUUGCUGGGUGUCUGACGGUCGCGGGACGUGUGGUGACGACGGCGGCUGAACUGGAGCUCCACGGCAUCACCAACGUGACGACGGUUACCGCGUGCGGGGAGUGCACGAAGGAGGGCGACUGCUUUGCUCCGCUGACGACGGCGGUCAGCGACUGCAAGUGCCGGUGCGCUGCUGGAGGGCACGGCGAUGUGUGCGUCCCGGCGCCUGUGCCUGCUGGCCCGCCACCGCCCACGCCACUGCCACCAACACCCACGCCGCCACCGCCGCCGAUUGGCGAGUGCAUCAGCGACAUGGUAUACCCCGAGGCUGCGCAGGCAGUGGGUAGUGGGCUGUCGUGGCUGUGCUACCGCAACGUGACGUUCAGCGGGGGCGGCAUGAGCCUGACGGUGCUGAUUGGGGCGAUGACGGGCGACAUGGCGAAUGUCAGGUUCGAUGGAUGCACGUGGAGGGACGGCGCCGUGCUGCUGCUGUUGGGCAACGCGCACGCCGCUGUGGGGUCUCUGAACAUCGUCGUCACCGGCAACACAUUUAGUGACGCACUGCUCAGCCCGGAGGGUGUGUUUCCACCGCACACGAACAUCACGAUCAGCGGGAACCGCUUCACGGUCACGAGGCUGAUCUCUCGGUCGGGUUUGGGCAUUAGGAGGCCGUCGUGUGUUGCGAUGAAUGGACUGGCGAUCAGCAAAGAUUCCGCGGUGGUGCUGAGUGGCAAUGUGUUUCAGAGCGUGACGGCAUCGGCAAGCGCCGUUUACGUUGUCGGAUCUCCGCUGAGGGUGUCGUGGCACUCCGUGUUUGCGGUGGUGGGCAACACGUUUCAUAUGGCUGGCGGUGACAGUACGCUGAUAAAUAUUGAAGGGUCUGGCCAAUUUUCAUCGCUGAAGGUGCUGAACAACUCUGCCGUGGUGAUCCGAGGCAACGUUGUGGCGAGGCCGGUGAGGCACUUUUUGUUAGUAAUUUUGGCGUUACGUGUGGAGUCUCGGUCAGCGGUUGUGUUUCAGGGCAACGACAUGAAGAGAAGCUCGGUUGUAUUUUUUUCAAGCUACUCUUCCUACAUCUACUACAACUCCUGGCUGCAGCUGAGCGGCAACCUCUGCCGUGAAUCCCCAUCGGAUGCCUUCCUCUUUCUGAACCCCACGGUGAAUCUCCGCAACUCCGCGGUGUCUGUGUCCGGCAACCAAUUCAUGUCCAGCACUGGCGCGCCAACAGUGCUGCGGAUACCCAAAAGGUCCCGCGAUCUCACAAACGGAGCGAUUGUGGCUGCGUGCAACACCGUGAACGGCGGGGAGGCGUACUACAGCAUCCCGUCUGUGUACAAUGCCACCAUCCUGACCUGCAGCGACCCAUGCGCUCUCGUGGCAUCGUGCUUCCCCGCGUACACGACGACUGCCUCGAGUGAUGGCUGCGCCUGCGCAUGCGCUGAGGGCGGCCACGGCGAUGCGUGCCUGCCCGUCGCUGUCCCCGAGCCACCGAGCAACGACGGCGCCGACUUGUGCUUGCGGGACGUGCGUGUGUAUGUGGAGGUGAAUGCCGGUGUCGGGACGUCGGUGUUGUGCCACGUUGGUGUGACCUUUGCGGCGGACGUCGUGGUGGACGUGGAGUUGAUGUCAGGGAGCGUGCGCAACGUGACGCUGGCGAACUGCACGUUUGUGGACGGAGCGAGCCUGUACGUUGUUGGGUGGCGAUCCGACCUGUCUGCUGGCGAGCGCGCCGAUGUGUUGAUCAGCGGGCUUGAGUCGCGCUCCGGCGGCGGUGUGGUGGUGUCGAACCGAUUUCCGCCGGGCUCGCGCGUCACUGUGGUGGACUCGGUGCUGAUUGCAGAGAGGCGUGUUGCGUACCGCGGUACCUACGGCCUUGGCGACGCGUCCGCGUGCCUUGUGCUGCACAACGUGAAUCUGACGGGGAGCGUGCUGAAUAUCGCGCGCACGCAUGUGGUGGCGGUGUUCCGCGACGCUGUUGGCGUGCUGGUGGUUGGCGGCGUGGUGCUGUCGUCGCGCGGUGCACUGUACGUGGACGGGCUGUCGGUGCAGACGGCGCUGGGGCUGUGCGUGUCGGUGGAGGGCGGUGUUGCUGCCAGUGGCGGCUCCGUGGUGGCGUUUGUUGACAACGACUUCCUGCUGUGCAAGCACGCGGUGUCUGUGCGUGGGGCUGUGAGCGUGUCGGGCUCCGCUGUGGCGCUUGUGCGGAGCGACUUUUUGACGACGGAGGACUACGCGGUGGCGUUUUAUUCGACGGUGAGCCUGGCUGGCGGGUCGAUGCUGCUGGCGAAGGGCAACGUGCACGACGGCGUUUCGAGGGAGAUGCUCUACGCCGCUGGCGCUGUGACCGCUGCUGGGAGCACUCUGAGCUUUGUGCGCAACCGAGCGCUGCUGCCGCGGAUGCUGUCGGUAAGCCUGUCGCUCUCGGCUGGGGCGCAUUUGAAAGUCGCGUGCAACGACGCUGGUGGCCGUGUCCUGUCGACGGUGGAGGAGUACGCAGCGGCUGGUUUUGGCGACGCUGGGAGCAUCGACGUUGUUGGGUGCGACACCUGCGACAGGGACACGCACUGCUACGCGCCCGGGACGGCGUCGGCGAGCAUGAGGAACGGUGUGUGCGUGUGCGAUUGCGGCAGCGGCGGAUACGGCGAGGCGUGCGUGCCUGUGGGUGCUCCCGCGCUGCCGCCCGCUGUGGGCACUGCGUCGAGUGUGUUUGUCCGCGAGGGCGUGACGGUGCGGUCGGUGUUCGUUGUGCCUGCCGGCGCGAGCGAGGUAACGCUGCGCCACGUUGUGCUGGACGGCGUGAGUCCGGUGCUCUACGUGCCGUGGAUGGCGCGGGACGGCGUGCGGAUUGUUGUGCAGAAUGUGUCGCUGCUAAACGGCGCCGUGCUGUACGUGAUGGGCGGUGGAGCGUUGCGCGGUGCGGGUGCGGCGGGGAGCGACGAGAGCGGGCCGGUGGAGCUGUCGGUGUGCGAUGUGGAGGCGCUGAACGGUGCGCUUGUGCUGACCGGCACGUUCCCCGCGGGGUCUGUGCUGACGGUGACCGACUCCCUGCUGGUUGCCGCGAGGCCGACGCCGCUUGUGUAUCUUCCCGGCUCGCAGUCCUCGCCGUACGCACCGGUGCUGGUGCUGUCGGGCCUGCGGCUCGUGCGGUCCGUGCUGGUUGUGUCUGGCGUGGCCCUCGUGACCGUGAUGACUGGUGGGCGGACGGUGGUGGUGGAUGGCUCAGUGCUGGAGCUUUCGGUGGCGGUGUCGCGCUGGACACGGCUGUGUUCGGUGGCGAAUAUGCGUUGUACGCGAGUGCGCGCGUGGUUGCGUCGGGGGGCGCUGUGCUGCGCGUGUCGGGGAGCCAGGUGUACGCCGCGCAUGGGUUGGU